GCCCAGAGGUCUAAGAGAGGAAGUCAGAGCAAAGCCCAUCAAAGCCCACCCAGAACAGCAGGGAAAUUCCAAGUCAUGGGUUACUAGUUCUCCCCAUGCGUGUGGUGGCCCUGCUUUGUGGUGAGCCGCCAGGACUGUCCUGCUGUGCCUCUGAAGCAUCUGCUCACAGAAGGGUGACCCAUUGAGGCAUGCAGUGGGUUGAUACAAAUGUCAACUCCAGCCCCUGUCAUCAGCUAAAGGUCAGCAAAUGAGUUCUCUGGCAUUUGGGGUCUGCAGGGGCAAGUGAGUACUGUGAACACCUGCAGUGUGGAGACCACGUCCAUCUAAUUGGCGUCUAUGGGGCCCAGUGCCAGGCUGGGCCCAAGUGUCGAUUCAGGAAGGGUGUCUCAGGAUGCAGAAGCCCCCUGAUGCGUGCAGAGGUGGAUAGGCCUUCAGCCUGCUCUCCUCCUCUGUCCUGCAGACCGGAGUGAAGCUCCUGAUGCUGCCUUAAUGAAGAUUUAUAACAUCCAUCCAUCCAUCCAUCCAUCCAUCCAUCCAUCCAUCCAUCUAUCCAUCCAUCCGUCCGUCCAUCCAUCCAUCCAUCCAUCUAUCCAUCCAUCCAUCCAUCCAUCCAUCCAUCUAACAAAAACACAUAUCAAGUAUUCCUAAAUGUAAGACACUCCCCUUAGUGCUGGAAGGGAAGAAGAGAUAAAGACAUCAUCUCCUUUCUAGAGAAGUUUUUAAUCCACGUAAGGGUGAGGCAUUAGGGACUUUGUACAGUUGGAUUUUAGAGCUUGCCUAUACAUACAGCUUGCAAAAAUAGCGCUAAAAAUGCCAUUUUGAUCUAUUUCUUUUAGUCACAAUGAGGGAGGAGUAAGAGAGAAAUAGUAGAGUUGACCUAAGAUCAGCAUGGGUUUGAACUGCAUGGGUCCACGUACACGAGGGUUUUCUCUGCCUCUGCACCCCUGAGACAGCGAGACCAACCCCCUCUUCCUCCUCUUCAGCUUCCUCAACAUGAAGACCACGAAGAUGAAGACCUUUACGAUGAUCCAUUUCUACUUAAUGAAUAUAAAUACAUUUUCUCUUCCUUAUGCUUUUCUUAAUACUGUUUUCUUAUCUCUAGCUUACUUUAUUAGGAGGAUAUGGCAUAUAAUAGUCACACACUGCAUAAGGACGUUUCAGUGAGUGACACACCACACAUACGACAGUGGUCCCAUAUGAUUUUUUUUUUUUUUUUUUUUGAGACAGAGUCUUGCUCUGUCACCCAGGCUGGAGUGCAGUAACACGAUCUCGGCUCACUGCAACCUCUGCCUCCUGGGUUCAAGUGAUUCUCCCACCUCAGCCUUCUGAGUAGCUGGGAUUAUAGGCAUAUGACACCAUGCCUGGCUAAUUUUGUAUUUUUUUUUUUUUUUUUUGAGACAGAGUCUUGCUCUGUCACCCAGGCUGGAGUGCAGUAACACGAUCUCGGCUCACUGCAACCUCUGCCUCCUGGGUUCAAGUGAUUCUCCCACCUCAGCCUUCUGAGUAGCUGGGAUUAUAGGCAUAUGACACCAUGCCUGGCUAAUUUUGUAUUUUUUUUUUUUUUUUUUGAGACGGAGUCUCGCUCUGUCACCCAGGCUGGAGUGCAGCAGCGUGAUCUCGGCUCACUGCAAGCUCCGCCUCCCGGGUUCACACCAUCCUCCUGCCUCAGCCUCCUGAGUAGCUGGGACUACAGGCGCCCGCCACCACGCCCAGCUAAUUUUUUGUAUUUUUAGUAGAGAUGGGGUUUCACCGUGUUAGCCAGGAUGGUCUCGAUCUCCUGACCUUGUGAUCCGCCCGCCUCGGCCUCCUUAAUUUUUGUAUUUUUAGUAGAGACGGAGUUUCACCAUGUUGCCCAGGCUGGUCUCAAAUUCCUGACUUCAAGUGAUCCAACUGCCUCGGCCUCCCAAAGUGCUGGGAUUACAGGCAUGAGGCACCGUGCCCGGCCUCAUAAGAUUUUAAUGGAGCUUAAAAAUUCUUAUAGCCUAGUGAUGUUGGAGCUCUUGUAAUGUCAUAGUGCAACACGUUAUUCACAUGUUUGCGGUGAUGUUGGUGUAAACAAAGCCUCUGAGCUGCCAGUCAUCUAAAAGUAUAGCACAUACAAUUGUGUACAGUAUAUGAUACUUGAUAAUGACAGUGGACAAUGAUGUACCGGUUUAUGUACAUAAUAUUAUUUUAGAGUGUACUCCUUGUACUUAUAUUUUUAGACGUUUGCUGUAAACCAGCCUCAGGCAGGCCCAUCAGGAGGUAUCUAGAAGAAGGCAUUGCUAUCAUAGGAGAUGACAACUCCAAGGGUAUUACUGCCCUGAAGACCUUCCAGUUGGACAAAAUAUGGAGAUGGAAGACAGUGAUGUUGAUGAUCCUGACCCUGACCCUGUGUUGUGUCUGAGUUGUUUUUUUUUUUGAGACGGAGUUACACUCUUGUUGCCCAGGCUUUAGUGCAAUGGUGUAAUCUCGGCUCAUCGCAACCUCUGCCUACAGGGUUCAAGUGAUUCUCCUGUCUCAGCCUCCCGAGUAGCUGGGAUUGCAGGCAUGUGCAACCACACCCGGCUAAUUUUGUAUUUUUAGGAGAGACAGGAUUUCUCCAUGUUGGUCAGGCUGGUCUCAAACUCUUGACCUCAGUUGAUCCACCUGCCUUGGCCUUCCAAAGUGCUGGGUUUACAGGUGUAAGCCACCGCACCUGGCCGUGUCUGAGAUUUUACAAAAAAGUUUAAGAAGUAAAAAAAUUUAAAAAAAUAUAAAAAUAGAAAAAAGCUUAUAGAAUAAGAAUAUAAAGAAAAAACAUUGUCUAGCUGUGCAACAUGUUUGUGCUUUAAGCUGUGUUAUUACCAGAGUCAAAAAGAUUUUUUUAAAUUUAAAAUAUUAUAAAGUAAAAAAGUCACAAUAAGGUAAGGUUAAUGUACUAUUGAAGAAAGAAUGUUUAAAGUAAAUUUAGUGCAGCCCAAGUGUACAGGGUUUUUAUGAAGUCUGCAGUAGUGCACAGUAACGUCCUAGGCCUUCACAUUCACAAACCACUCACUGACUGACUCACCAGAGCCACUUCCAGUCCUGCAAGCUCCACUCAUGGUGGAAAAAGAUGAAGCGUAGGUGAAAUAAUUUACCCAAGGUCACAUGGUAAUGAAGAAGGGAUUAGAACCAGCCGCCACUGUCUGGCCACAGCCCCGCGCUCCUCGCUGUCACUUGUCAUCGCGUGCAGGGUGGUUCCGGUUCUGGUAUUUGGCGCCGGAAUUAAGCAACCACCAUGUUGAGCAAAAAGGCAAAGACCAAGACCAUCAAGAAGCGCCCUCAGUGUGCAACGUCCAAGGUGUUUGCCACGUUUGACCAGUCACAGAUUCGGGAGUUCAAAGAGGCCUUCAACAUGAUUGAUCAGAACAGAGAUGGUUUCAUCAACAAGGAAGAUUUGCAUGGUAUGCUUGCUUCUCUAGGGAAGAAUCCCACUGAUGCAUGCCUUGAUGCCGUGAUGAAUGAGGCACCAGGGCCCAUUAAUUUCACCAUGUUGCUCGCCAUGUUUGGUGAGAAGUUAAAUGGCACAGAUCCUGAAGAUGUCAUCAGAAAUGCUUUUGCUUGCUUUGAUGAAGAAGCAACAGGCACCAUUCAGGAAGAUUACCUGAGAGAGCUGCUGACAACCGUGGGGGAUCAGUUUACGGAUGAGGAAGUGGAUGAGCUGUACACAGAAGCACCUAUUGACAAAAAGGGGAAUUUCAAUUACAUCGAAUUCACAAGCAUCCUGAAACAUGGAGUAAAAGACAAAGAUGACUGAAAAGAACUUUGGCUAAAACCUUCCAAUUACAUUGUCUUACUCUGUUUUAUUUCUCACACACUUCCCCCACCCUCAUAGAACCUGUUGCAUGCAACUUAGUUUCACAGCUUUGCCUCUUUUUUUUUAUGUAUUUAUUCCAGAACUUUCUGCCACUUAGCACUUGUAUAAUCAGACUGGAAAUGAGGAUGAGGGCAUAAAUUGUAUUGAAAAAGAGAUUGCCAAUAAAAAUCAACAAAUGUGAAAGCCCCCCCAAAAAAACAUAACUCUAUAAACUAGUAUGUACUGUACUGCUGUAAUUGUGUAAUUGCCUCCUGCUUUAGUGAGUCAGGUGUUGCCAGUAUGUGCUUGAAACUCUGUGAUGCUCAUCAUCAGAGCAGUUCCUCUCUUCAGUAAACUGUGUAUCACAAUAAAAAGUGAUCUCUU